AUGAUUUUACAGAAACAUACUAGAUCCUUUAAUCUUCUCUGGAGGCUUCAACUGGUGCUGAUACUGCUUAGCAGCGCUUCGGGGAAUGGCGUCGAGAGAAAGGACUUUUACAUUGUUUUCUUGGGAGCUCAUCAUACAUUGAAUAGUGACAUUAUACAUGAGACACAUUUAAAUGUUCUAAGUUCUGUGAAGGGAAGCUAUCUUGAAGCCCAAGAAUCCAUGGUUUACAGCUACACAAAUAGCUUCAAUGCAUUUGCUGCAAAACUAUCAGAGAAUGAAGCCAAGAAGUUAUCUGAAAUGGAUGAAGUUUUGUUGGUAUUUCGAAAUCAGUACCGCAAGCUACACACAACAAGAUCAUGGAACUUCAUUGGUUUGCCAAUAACUUCCAAGAGAAGAUUGCAAUUUGAGAGUGACAUUGUUGUUGGUGUUUUGGACACAGGGAUCACUCCUGAGUCUCAAAGCUUCAAGGAUGAUGGAUUAGGUCCUCCACCAGCAAAAUGGAAAGGGAGUUGUGGCCCUUUUGCUAAUUUCUCAGGAUGCAAUAACAAGAUCAUAGGAGCAAAAUACUUCAAAGCAGAUGGAAACUCUGAUCCAUCAGACAUACUAUCUCCCAUAGAUGUUCUUGGCCAUGGCACUCACACUGCAUCAACUGCAGCAGGCACCCUGGUCCCAAAGGCAAGCCUUUUCGGCCUGGCUAACGGGACGGCCCGCGGCGCAGUCCCCUCGGCCCGGCUGGCCAUUUACAAGGUCUGCUGGACAUCCAGUGGAUGUGCAGACAUGGACAUACUUGCUGCAUUUGAUGCUGCCAUUCAUGAUGGUGUGGAUAUCAUUUCAAUUUCCAUUGGUGGAGGUGAUCCUAGCUAUGUGGUUGAUGUUAUAUCCAUUGGCUCGUUUUUCGCCGUUAGUAAAGGGAUACUCACAGUGGCCUCCGCCGGAAAUGAUGGCCCGGAUAUGGCCACCGUGACGAAUACUGCACCGUGGAUUGUUACAGUUGCAGCUUGUGGCAUUGACAGGUCUUUUAGGAGCACUGUGAUAUUGGGGAGUGGAAAGAAUGUUUCUGGAAUAGGAGUGAGCAGUUUCAAUCCUAAACAGAAACAAUAUCCUCUCAUCAAUGGCGUCAAUGCUGCUCUAAACUCUGAAGCCAAGGAAUAUGCUAGAUACUGCUUUGGAGGUUCCUUAGAUCCAAAUAAGGUGAAGGGAAAGCUUGUUUAUUGCAAAUUAGGAACAUAUGGCACUGAAGCAAUUGUGAAAGAAAUUGGGGGCAUUGGUGCCAUAAUUGAAAGACAAAGAUAUCUUGAUGUUGCUCAAGUUUUCAUGGCUCCUGCUACCAUUGUGAAUAUGAGCUUAGGUCAUACUAUCACUAGCUAUAUACAUUCCACAAGAUCACCAUCAGCAGUGAUAUACAAGACCCAUGAAAUUAGAAAGCCAGCUCCAUUUGCUGCUUCAUUCUCAUCUAGAGGUCCAAAUCCAGGGUCUCAACAUAUUCUUAAGCCUGAUAUUGCAGCACCUGGCAUUAACAUCUUGGCAUCUUAUACACUUAGGAGGUCAAUCACUGGGUUGAAAGGGGACACACAAUUUUCAAAAUUUAAUCUAUUGUCAGGAACUUCCAUGGCUUGUCCUCAUGUUGCUGGAGUAGCAGCAUAUGUGAAGUCAUUUCAUCCAGAUUGGACUCCUGCUGCAAUCAGAUCUGCCAUUAUUACCACAGCCAAACCAAUGAGCAAGAAAAUCAACAAUGAAGCAGAAUUUGCCUAUGGUUCUGGCCAACUAAACCCGACAAGAGCUCUAACACCUGGUUUAAUCUAUGACAUGGAUCACUUUGGUUACAUCCAAUUCCUGUGCCAUGAAGGUUACAGUGGUGCCACAUUAUCAGUGUUACUUGGUUCUCCUGUGAAUUGCUCUUCUUAUUUGCUUCCUGGUGCUAUUGGCCAUGAUGCCAUCAACUACCCCACCAUGCAACUCAUCUUGAAAUCAAAUAAAGACACGACAAUUGGAGUUUUCAAAAGGACAGUGACAAAUGUAGGUCUUGGUCCAACAAUCUAUAAUGCCACUAUCAAGUCACCAAAGGGAGUUGAAAUCACAGUGAAACCAACCAGCCUCAUAUUUUCUCAUACCAUGCAGAAGAAGAACUUCAUAUUAAUGGUGAAAGCUAAAUCUAUGGCAAGUAUGAAAAUUAUCUCUGGGUCCCUUAUAUGGAGAAAUUCAGUUUACUAUGUUAGAAGUCCUAUUGUCAUUUAUAGUCCAUAA